AUGCCUUCGCGCCAGGCGUCCAUCUCCCCCGAGCGACGAGACUCCGGCAGCGCCCCGAACUCGCCCAGCAAAGAUGGCCUCGCCAAGGUCGAGCUCAGCGACUUGGACGCCAGCCCGCCCCAGCACCCCAUCGAGCAGGAUCUGAUGCAGUUGGCGAGAUUGGGGGAACUGCGGGCCAUACAGAAGCUGUUCGAUAGUGGGCGGUAUACGGCCAAGUCGACCGACGAGCAGGGCAUCACGGCGUUGCAUUGGGCUGCGAUUAAUGGACACCACGCUCUGUGCCACUUUCUGAUCCAGUCCGGCGCGGACGUCAAUGCAAGGGGUGGAGAUGCCCAUGCGUCUCCCGUGCUAUGGGCCAGCAAGCGCUUCAAUCUCCAGGUUGUCUCUCUGCUGCUCGCGCACGGGGCCGAUCCAUUACUACGCGAUGAUCAGGGCUACAAUCUACUACACUCUGCGACGCUUGACGGCAAUGUCUAUCAGCUUAUCCUUCUCCUGCAUCAACCGGAUAUACCCGUAGACGUACCCGAUUCGCAAGGCCAUACUGCUCUGAUGUGGGCCGCAUACAAAGGCUUCCCGGCAUGCAUAGACAUCCUUCUCCGCUUUGGUGCAGACGUACAUGCAGUAGACGAAAUGGGCUUCACGGCUUUGCACUGGGCACUCGUAAAGGGCAGCUACAUGUGUAUCCAGAAGUUGGUUGAGUACGGCAGUGAUCGAUUCGCCAAAAGCAAACCUCCCGAGGGUGAGACCGAAGGCGAUACUCCAGCCUUGACUGCGUCGAAAAUGAAGAGUGAGCGACAAUGGCAUAAAGCGCUUGUUGAUUCUGGAUUCGACGAGGCCGGCAAUCCUCUUUCUUUCCCCAUCCCCAUGGUCAAGGACAGAAGGUGGUUCUUCAACCGCUUCUUCUUCUUCUGGCCGUUCGUAUUGGGUGGCAUACAACUGCACAUGCUCGCUUACUUGUCGAUAUGGGUUUCGGUACCUGGUGUGUUGAUCCUUGGUUUCGGCCUCCAGCAUCUCGUCCAGAAACUCCUUCGAUGGGCGCCUAGCGACAUGAACCACAUGCACAGGACUCCCUUCUUGGCUGGCAUCUUUGCGGGAACUCUCUUCUGGGUUGGCGUACGCUACAUCUUACGCGUAUUACCUACCACACUGUACACCAACUUCUUCCUGAACGUCUUGUUCGCUUCUUGUUACGGCCUUACUACCUACUUCUAUUUCAUGACCAUGACCGCAGACCCGGGUUUCAUUCCCAAAGGAUCGAGUCGCGGCCAAACGAAGAAGACGAUUGACGACCUCGUGGAGCAUAAUGCGUUCAACGAGACCCAUUUCUGUACAACAUGUAUGAUACGCAAGCCCUUACGAAGCAAGCAUUGCAAGCGGUGUGGCCGGUGUGUUGCCAGAGAAGAUCAUCACUGCCCUUGGGUGGAUAAUUGUGUUGCUGUGAACAACCACAAACAUUUCUUGUUGUAUGUGACGUUCAUGAUUGUUGGACUUGGAUUCCUAGUCCAACUUACCUUGGCUUACCUGGAAGUCCUGCCUGAGCCGACCGAACUCAACUGCACAGUGCUCAAAGGCCCGUUCUGCGCCAUGUUCUCAAAGGACCCACUUGCAAUCAUCACCAACGCAUGGGGUGUUUUGCAACUGACAUGGACGUUCAUGCUCAUCUUUGUCCAUCUCGUUCAAGUCGGAAAGAAUAUGACCACUUUCGAAAGCAUGCGAACCAUGGACCAAGUUGGACCUCUGAUGUCAGCCAUCACGACAGGAUCCAUGACACUCGAUGGAGCGCAGGUGACCGACUCCGGAGCUGGCCCGGACGCUUCUGGUCAUGGACACGGCCACAAGCAUAAGCAUAAAAAACAAGAGGGAUGUCUGUCAAGAUGGGGGAAGAUUCUUGGUAUCGACACAUUCUUCGCCAUUGCUUUCCAGGGCUACAAGGGGCACAAGGAGAAGAAGCACCAGCAUACUCCUAAGAAGAACCCAUUCACCAGGGGAAUAUUGCGUAACUGCCAGGACUUUUGGAUGGACGGUCCCAUCUUUGGACGGAAGGAUAGCAACAAGGCCCUAUUGGGUGGACAAAUCGUCGACUACGCGAACAUGUAUGAUGUACCCCGCGGUGGAAUGCAGUACCGUGGUGGAUAUGAAUCCGUGGCAUCGGCAGAUGAGGAAGUAUAG